AUGAUCAUCCUCGAUGGAGAAGCAGAUCGUCAGGCAAAGCUUGACUCUUUUUCCGGUCCCACCAUCCGACAUCCAGAAAGGGCCGCAACGCGCUCUUUCUCCACACUACCCGACUACGAUACCUCAGAAGCACAGCACAGAAGCUUCACAAAGCCACCACCAACCAUCUUUGACUCCAAGUUCUGGCGGGCGGCCCUCUAUGCUCUAGUCGUGUACAUUAUCUUGUCUGCGGUGAUCGGUAUUCCGCUGGUCGUUCUGAAAUCCAAAGGCAAGGAGGAUAAUUGGCCUCAAGGGCCUCCCACAGGCUCAAUAUGGACUGUCAACGAUCUCAAUCCGCCAGCACCUCUGCAACUUGCCGGUUCUGGGAGCAUGAUGAUUGGGGAAAACGCCACAUGCAACAAGUGGAAUGUGCUAUCACAAAAUGCUUCUUCUUCUCUUUUUACUGUUACGUCGCAAUUUCAGCUUGACCCGACAGAUUUGAUCACCAUUCGUUCAAAUAUUUCCUACGGUACUGAUCACAUGGAUGGGCUGACAGGGUCACUAUUGGUGGACGUCAAUUCAGACUCAAAGACAGGAGACGUCUUAUUCAAGCUUGAAUUGCAAUCAUCAAGUUUGGACCUUCGUCAGAGAGCGACCAUUCCAAGCAAUCUGACCACUCAAGAUAUCCUCUCGUUCAACAUCCACGUAUCACUUCCACAGACUUCAUCAUCAACAAUUGACAAUUUCGUCACCUAUCUGCCGCUGUUUUCGCAGUCCUUUGGCGACUUUAGGAAACACGGAAAAUUCAAUCAAAUUAAUAUAGAAGGCGCGAGUCAAAAUAUCAGCUGCCAGUUCAUGCGUGCCUCUCAGAUAUCUGUGAAAAACAAGCUUGCGCCAAUUGAAGGCACCUUCAAUGUCACGGAUACUCUGACCCUUGACACAAUUAAAGGCUCUAUUGACGCAAACAUCACCCUCAUCCAAUUACCAACGUGCCCGAAGCCAACACUUCUGAGUCUAGACACAGGUCUCAGCGGGAUCAAUGCUCGAGUGACAUUAUUGGCCCCUCCCGGAAACUCUUCGCAACCACAGCCGCCCUCCGCUUUCGUCGUUCACGUCAAAACUUUUAGUGGCCCUGUAAACCUUGACAUAACACACGACAAGUUAACUCCCUCCUCCGCUCUCCAAGUUCAAGUCCAAAAUGAUAUGGCACCAUCAACUAUUGCUCUUGACGCUAAAUUCCAGGGGGCCUUCAGCUUACUCACAAAACUUGGACAGAUCUCCAUCAGUGAUUUCUUGCAAUCUCAGCGUGACGACCCGACUGGAGGCAAUAGAACGCGAACACUUGUUUAUGAUCAGAUUUAUGUGAACAAAGCUCUCGGAUGGGUUGGGUGGGGUCCAAGAGUGUCAGCACCACGGGAGAUGCAGGGGUACUUGGAUGUUGCCUCUUCCCUCAGUCCUAUUACACUGAAUUUUGGAUCAUAACCGUGACACUUCGUUUGGGACGAUGUAUUAUUUGACUACCGUACAAGGUAUUUAUAUGUAUUGCUAAUGCAAGCCUAGGCUUUUGAGAUCG